GAAACGAUGUGCCAGUCCACAUCAAACGCUACAUUAGCUGUGCAGCCAAGUAAAUAACAACGUUGACUUUAUUCGUCUGCCAUGUUCAUCACGUCGUUGAGCUCGAGAGAGGUGUGCAGGGCAAGAAGGCAAAGGAACUGAAGAACAUGGCGAUGCUUAACGUUCAUUCUCCCGUUUUCUCCGCGUGCUCUGUGUUGAUGAGCCUACUGUUUGCUUACUCUGCAUCAGUUCAGCUGGAUGAUCCAGAUUGGUACUUUUGGUUCCCACUCUAUGCCUUUGCCUUCGGCAUCAAUCUUCUCCACUGUGGCUUCACCUCCAACACCCUGAGUCGAUCGGCCAUGUCGAUCCUCUGUGCUGGGAUUCUCUUGCUCGUGAAGGUCAUAGUGGAGGGCUAUGUCGAAGGGGUGGCUGGGCUUUGGUCCUUGAACAUGCGUGAGAGGGUUGUGAGGGAGAAGCUUGGGAGUGGGUUGGUGGUGAUGUCCAUGUUUCUGCAUCUCAAAGCUUCUCAUGCUUCGAAGGAGGCCAAGAAAGGAAGAGGAGAACUAGCAGCAAGAUCUGCUGAAUCCGGGAUGGUGAUUCUUGUGGCAGCGAGCAUUGGACUCACCGUGUACUUCUUCCUCACUGUUCAAGAACACAUGAAGUUUUGACUGCAGGACUGUAAAGAGCUCCUCGUGAUCAGAAUGUAUAUAAAUAUACUAAAUUAUAUAUCGUUACCUUUUCCACUCAGAAUGUUUUGCACAAAAUGCACUUCAACUCUAUUUAGAGAUAUAUUUUUGUUCC